AUGCUCUAUCUCAGCGUGCCUGUACCAAAGUAUUGCGCUCGCUGUCUGCGGGCUUGCAAUCGUCCUACCCAAAGGCUGCAGUCGAGCUUUCGUACCGCUCGUCAUGCAUCUAAUCGCUCAUCGCAACCUGCAACAGGUGGCGACGGCGAUGGCGAACCUCCUGAGCCCGAGAGAGAUAACGAGCAGGGCGCGAUGACAAGAAGAUUACAGGAGAUGAGCGAGGACAGCCUUGAAACAGGCGGUUGGAGGACCCUGAAGGCCGUAGAAGAGGCCGGGUUCAGUGAAGAGUUGAAGGAUAAGCUGGAGAAGAAGAUCGCGGACGCCAGCUUCAAAAGCGAACAUGCCAGCGCUUUUGCUCAGGCCAACAUACCUGCCAGCGCUGGACGUGGCACACGGGACAUCGCUGGCGCGCAGCCCUGGACUGGCAUUGAGAGUGUAGAGGAUGCGUCGUUGCGAAUGCUCAAUGAUGCCCACAAGCCGCUGCGCACUCCGGCCAAGGUUCCAAAGCCCAUGCGCGGUCCCACCAAGGUCGACACUGGCCGGCCGAGUAGUAAGGUCGGAGCGGGUACGCGAAUUGCCAGUGCCCGUGAACAAUCCAACAUCUAUUCGUCCACCAAAGAGCAGCAAGAAGGCUUGUCUGACGAGGAACGUGCCAAGUUCCGCGCGCAGAUGAAGGCUCGCUAUCAGCCUGGGCAGCAGAUGGUAGCUGCUACCAUUACUGGGCUGCAGAGCCUUGCCAAUCAACGAAUCGAGGACGCAAUCGGUCGUGGCCAGUUCAAGAAUCUUCCGGAUCGAGGCAAGAUAAUUGAACGCGAUUACAAUGCUAACAGUCCCUUCAUCAACACUACUGAAUACUUCAUGAACAAGAUGAUCAAGAAGCAAGAAAUCGUUCCACCUUGGAUUGAAAAGCAACAGGAAGUGAUAUCGACACUAAACAUAUUCCGCCGGAGACUCCGAGCGGACUGGAAGCGGCAUGUUUGCCGGAGCAUCUCCAGUCGAGGUGGAUCCCUCGAGGCAAAGAUGAAGCUGGCUGAAGAACACGCAUUCGCAGAACGAAUCGCCAAUCCCACGAAGAAACAAUUGGAGCAGAUCACGGCCUUGAACGCGGAAGGACACUUGUCUCAGAUUUCCAUUUCUGGGGAACUGAAAACACCCCCUCCCGACGAUGCUACCAUCAUGGAAGAAGAAAUCAAGAUAAUGGAGCAGACGUUCAAUGAUGAUGGUUCGCUAAAGGAGCCCGAGGCGCAAGUCAAGAUUGCCGCGCAGCACCCACCUCUCACACAAGCGCUACCCCCAGAGCCGCCUAAAGCGCCGACCGUACCGCCUUUCCGUGACCCACAAUGGGAAGAAACGGAACGGUCAUACCACCACCUGGCUAUUCGAAACCUCAACGCUCUCACUCGUGCUUACAAUCUGAUGGCGCCCGACUUGGCGAAGAAGCCUUAUUACUCGCUCGAGCGCGAACUGCUCACGUGCUUCGCAGAUGUUGCUCCUCAGGUUGCAUCUGCCAUUCGCGAAAGAGCGCUAGCGCCGAAGAUCAAAGGCGUCGAGAUUGUACAACACAAGCCUGGGGGUGUACUGGAGAAGUUCUCUAUGGACAAGGCGAGCCAUGUGUACGACGAACGCAAACCGCAAUACGGCUUCAAGGAAUUCUGGAGAGAUCUCUUCGCUCCCUCGAAGACUUAG